UGCUGCUUCCCACGUCUGUUUGUCGACCUCAAAAGUGUUUGGUCAGCCUCUGAGACGUUUGAUAAUGCAAACUACCUAGAUUCGCAGUCAUUUUUCUCUGCUGUUCGGAAACAAAUCAAUGCAGAUAGGCAGGCGCCGAAAAGUUUUUGUCCGAAGAGGCAAGUAGCUGAGCCACACGAAAUUGACAAACGCCCAUAGGUCGAGCACCACACCAAUCGGCCACCAGUCCUGACCUGAGACCAGCUGAACCUCGGAGCUCUUUACCUACAACACAUUCCAGAACUCCUGGCAUUGGUCACGUAGCUGCCUCAGAUAUGGCAUCUGCCUAACUUUGGACACUCACAUGCCUAUGUAAAGUGUAUAUCUCACCGCAUCUUUUUGCCUGCAAGUUGCAACGCCUACGGGGAGUCACUAUUGACAAUUUGCACCUUCCAUUACUGCAACAUAAUAACUCUCAGGCUCGAGUGCGACAUCAGAGCUCGGUAUAACCAACAUGGAUUCCCACAAUAACGCCUUUCGUUGCGAAGACUGCAAUGCUUCGUUCCCCACGCGACCUCGUGCAGCUCAGCAUGCCGGACUCACAAGACACAUGAGUAGUCGGCACUGUUACCUCUGCCAGAAACUAUUUGAUCACCCCAGGUCCUUGAAACAGCAUGAGAAGUCAUCACCUCGUCAUAACACGUCACUAUUUCAAAGCCACACAUUGAGAGAGCAACAGCGGCCCAGUUACCAACCGUAUCCUGAGAGCACCGAUACUUCUGAUUCAGCAGCAGCUGCUGAAACACAUCGGCAACAGAGAAUAGCCACGCCAACAUUAGCCACGGGUGAUGGUGCUACUGAAACCAUCAUAUCGGUACACAAGGCCAUAACAAGCACCAAUGAAACGGGAGUGACUAGAAACUCUGCGCUUAACAAGUCAUCACCUGAUUCUGCACCGCGAGUUUACCAUACAGAACACCCUCACGUCACCCGAAGCUCGCUCGUUCCAUCUCAACCUGGAAUAAUCAGGACUGCCACACGCCGACGGACCAAAGCACAAGCGAGCAGUGUAACUCCCUCAACUACUGAACUUGCAAUGCACCCUGGCACUACAGCAUUACAGCCAAAAGCAUCUAACACCCUUCCACAAAUGGCGAGGGCGCUAUCUACAAUUUCACGCGACGACACCGAGUCACUUUCAUAUUCCCAACUGGCAAACGACCAGAAUGAGAAGGAACCCCAAAAAGCGUCGUCGCCGGAGCCGCCCCUCCCUGCGCCUACAUUCAUUACUUAUCCUACUCUGCAAAUUCUCCCGAUUAACCACCAAACUCAUGGAAAAAACCAAUACACGCUUUAUUCCGAGUUCGACCAAGGAGUUCUUUUCGAAGCCCUGCUACUACGUUGCCACACCCGGGGGAGGUUAACGGCCAAUAGGUUCAUCCUUCCAGGCCAGUCGGAGAGGGAACGGAUAGUUAUCCCGAAAGGAAUGAAAGAAUCUGAUUUUCAAUCUUCUCCAGCGCGAUCCCGGCUUCAAGUCAAACGAAAAGUUGUUGCUUUGGACUGUGAAAUGGUCGGGAUCUUGCACCGAGAGGGUGACGACACAACCGAAAUUAGCGAAUUGGCUCAGCUGUGUGCUGUGGAUGUCCUUACUGGGGAGACACUCAUCAAUAAAUUUGUUUGCCCGUACGUCAGAGUUUCUAAUUGGAGGACGAGGUACAGUGGAAUCACACCAGCCGCAAUGUCAUGGGCAAACAAGAAUGGGGAGUCACUACGCGGCUGGCGUGCUGCACGAGAGGAACUACUGAAGUACAUCGACUCUGAAACCAUUCUUAUCGGCCACAGCAUGACAAACGACCUCAAAAUUCUGCGUCUUGUCCAUGGCAAAGUUAUAGACACGUCACUGCAGACCGCAGAGGUCGUGCAUGGCGAUGGUGACAAACUGCGCCGAAUUUGGAGUCUCAAAGAGCUCGCCAAGGUGUUGCUGGGCAUGAACAUUCAAGUCGGCAAGAAAGGUCACGACUGCCUCGAAGACACACUAGCCACGCGUGAAAUAGCACUCUGGUGCCUUCGCUUCCCCCAAGAACUGGAGACAUGGGCAUUGACGAUGAGGGAAAUGCUCGAGUGCCAGCGUAUUGAGAGGGAGAAGAAGCUUGCAGAGGAGAGGAAAACCCACGAGGAGGAGAAAAAGAAACGCGAAGCCGAGGAGGCAGAGGAAAAGAGGCGUGAAGCUGAAGAAUAUGUCAAGAAGGCGGCGUGGUAUUACGAUCUCUUCUAUCGAAGCCCUGGGGCUGAACCUGAUUCUGGAGACGAGGCAUACGAGGUCGAACACUGCGCCACCGGUUAGUGAGCUACCCUACAAGGAGUUUUCGGUGAGUAUUGAGCUGAGAUGGGUCUUCCGGGACCUGGGGUACUUGGAUCGUUAUAUUUAUCACAGGAAACAUACCGUUUGUUCAUAUCCCUGGACAAAAAGCUUGGAGCUUCUAGCGUGUAUAGGGACUAUGAAAAUCUACAGGGCCAAGUAUCUCACUUCUUAAGCUUCAUGUCAUAUCGUAAUUAGCCGCCGGUGCUUUUCUUAUCCUAUUUUGUUCUCCUGUGCUUGAUUUCCAUCUAUUGACGACGGGCAAUAAAUGCCAGCAGG